GGAUGGGCAGCGGAGGGGCCCCUCGCCAGGACUCGCCGGCGGAGCUGCUGUGAAGGCGACCCAACAGAUGCACUGAUGUUUGCCCUUCUUCACAAAUACCGAGUCUACCUGAGAUUGGCAAAUGCACAGACUGUAGCUGUGAAGCCCUAGUAGGAGAAUGAGUGAGAGGGAUAUCCGAAGCUUGAGCAAAGGGGUAUUGGUGCUUUCUCUCUGCCUUAUAACGCUAUGGGGAAGGCUGACGCUGGCCUCAUCACACCACAGAAGCCAUUCAGUGCACAUAGAGCCUGGCACAUGUGAAGUCAUUGCUGCCCACAGAUGCUGCAAUAAGAACAAGAUAGAGGAGCGCUCACAAACUGUGAAAUGUUCUUGUUUCCCCGGUCAGGUGGCUGGGACAACGCGUGCUGCUCCUUCAUGUGUGGAUGCCUCAAUAGUUAUCCAGAAGUGGUGGUGCCAAAUGCAGCCAUGCCUAGAAGGAGAGGAAUGUAAGGUGCUACCAGAUUCAUCUGGAUGGAGCUGCAGUAGUGGAAACAAAGUGAAAACAACUAAGGUCACACGGUAGGUUUGGGAAAAUCUACUUUCUUUGAAAUGAUCUGCAUUGACAUGGCCGGAAUUGCAAGAAUGGCACACCAUGAGUUUUGUUCAAGUUCAAGAAGUGUCCUGCAACACUGGAAACAGGAGGACAUCCUUGGCUUGGCACAGGAUUGAAUGCAACUGUCUUAUAGGAUGGCUAUUCUGUAUGGGCGCUUUAUUGUUCUUCCUCUAGUACAACCGCCAAGGGAAUGGUGCCAUGGAUUGCUCCCUCCUAGAACAGCACCAAGGAUUACAGAAAGGGAAAGGCAUGUUUGUCUGGGCAGAGAUCAUGGAAAAUAUCCUUUGGUUAUGAAGACAGAAUGUUGCAUCUGUGACUAAUUCAGUGUAGCCUCUGAGGUAUUUAACAUUGGUUGCUACUAAGUCUACAAUAAUGGGUCUUGAUUGCAUUGCAAGAACUUCCUUCUGCUCCACAUUUUCCCUCCAUAUCAUGGGUGUACCUGCAAGAAACAUGCAUUUCUUCCCCUUUUGCUCAAUGAAAUGUUGGAGUCAUAUAGAGUCUUUUGAUGACUACAGAGGAAAAGCAGCUUUCCUUCCUUUUAUUUUUCCUGUGUCUGUAGGCUGGCUAUGAUGAUUGCUAAGAGAAUCAAGAUGUUGAGUGGGCGUUGCAUUAGCUGUUUUAAAAUAAAAUUAGUGUUUUUAAUGUAUUUUCCCCAAAUUAUGAUUGUGUUGUUUUCACAGCAAACAGGCUUUGAACUGGGAUUCUGGAAACAGUGAACCAAAAUCUGAUCUGGUAUAAAAUGAGAGGAAUUCCAAGGAAGACCAUGCAGUUGCUGCAGUACUGAUCCAGAUAUCAACUUCAAAUUCUGCAUCAGGAGUUUAGAAGGCUAUACAAUAAAGACAAAAAAUUAUGUCGCCUUGUUAUGAAUAUCAGAGACCUGAUGAGAGCAACUAUUCAUCGUGUGUUCUAAUUUGGGGGGUGGGAUGGGGUAUUUGAGGAACAAGGAAUGUUCUCUCAUGAUCUCCACCCCCCUUUCCCUUUGUAUAGUAGUUACCAUUAAUUAUGUUGAUAGUCUUCUCUGUAUUUUCAUAGAAUACAGGAAUAACAUUACUUCUGACAUUCACAAUAGAAUUUGGACUUAUUACAGCAGUUGAGGGAAAGAAAGUACAUUUUUCUUGACUAUAUUGCAUCUGGCACAGUCUGAAUCUUAGUUGAAGGCCUGAGACCAGCUUGGUUACAUUUAGCAUUAGAUACUUUAUCUGGCAACUAUAAUGACUGCAGAUCCCCAAAUUGUUGCUUUCUGUAAUCAAAUUCCCAGACAAUAAAAUGUUAACUGACCUGUGUUAAUCUCUCCAGCUAAUAAUUCUAUUGCUUUUUCUUCUAAUAUCAGAAGAGGGAAAAUCCCACUUCAUUGGAGAGGUAUAGAGAAAUUUUGUAUCUGUGGUGAGAUUCAUCUUAAAUUUUGAUGCACAGAUAGAAAUGCAUUCUUCAUAGCAGAUGUAAAAAGAGGGGUUUUCUGUAGCCAUGAGUAGUUGUUUUCAUAUGGACUGUUUGGAAUCACUCCUAGUUAUUUAAUAUUCACAACACUUCUAUAUGUUUAUCUUACUAUGGCUACAUUGAUUCAUGAAGAUUUUGUGGAUGAGGAUGAAAAUUGUUGCAUCUCGUGCCAUUCCAAAUAUAACCCAAAGGGAACAUUUGACAUUGACUAAACUGGAAAAAGUUUUAGGAAUACUCAGAUAAUGGAGAAGGCAAACAGAACUGCACCUUCAAAACUCUGCCCUGACCUGUUUUGCAGUGGCCUGGCCUCCAUGCUGUGACUGUACAACCUGCUGGCUUUGUUAAUCUAAACGUUUUUUGUAACAAACUAUGUUAUACCUGCUUCAGAUGCGAUGUAAAUACCAGACUGUGAAAUAUUAAAGUUCAUUUUAAUCUCUGCAAAA